AUGGCAAACACAUUUAGAGUAUGGCUACUUAUUUGCUGUCACGAACUAUUCCAGUUCUCUAAUUACAAGGAUGAAAUUAAGCGGAAAGUUGUUUUAUCUUUCAGAAGCAGUUUUGAAACUGCAAGCGAUGAUGCAACCGAUAGUUAUUUCGCCAUUUCUUUGGAUAAAUGGUGUAGUUCGACAUCCGAUGCUGAGCUGAAAGUCGUCUAUCUCCUUACGUCCUCAGCUUGA